CCCUAAACUCGAUUCGUACCAACCUAAAGUUGGUUCCUAAAUUCCUAAAUACACAACAAUGAGGACGUUAUUGCAAAACUCUGUCCUCUAGGCCUUUGCGGCCACUUUGUCAUCAUUCCAUCGUUCAGAAAACCACACGAAAUUGCGUUUAUUGUAAGUGCAAACUUUUUUUGCAAUUUCUAGGUUACCUGUCAAAGCGCGGCAUUUUCAAAAAAAAAAAAUGUCAAAAACUCAAAAACUCGACGACAAGCAGCUUUUAUCGAAAUUAGCGAAAGAUUUCCAUGACCUAGUCUCAAACAAGGAAGUAUUGCGUACUUCUGUGGAGAGUUUUCUUAACAACGUAAUUGACGAACUAACAUUAGGAAUAAUUUUCGAUUUGCAUCGCAAAUACAAGACUAAUGCUUAUGAAGUGGAGAUGGAGGAAGAGGAUGGUGAUGAGGAUGACGCCACUGAAGCUGAUAUUUUUACCCAGCAAGAUGUGAAAAAGCCUCAGGAUUGCGUGUGUCCCAAUUGCGACCGUGCGGUGGCGGCGUUGCGCUUUGCCCCCCAUUUGGAGACUUGCAUGGGGAUGGGGCGGAAUCGGUUUAGGAAUGCGACGAGGCGAGUGGCGAGUAGUACGAAAGAGAGGGAGAAUUCGUCGUUUAGUGGAGUGCCGAGCGAUGAUGACGAUGACAUUGAUUGGAAUUCGGGGAAUAAAAGAGGCAAAAAGAAGAAACGAAACGGAAGCAAGAAAUCGAAAAGUGGAGUAACGCCGAAGAAAUCAUGCGGCGAUUCAAGAACGAAUGAUUCGGUGGAAAUUGAAGCGGAAGAUGAUGAUUUAUCGAGUUUGAGAGAUUUGCUUCAGGAUCAUUCCAAUAGUUCCUCACCGGCCGAUUCGGUCUCAAGUAGUCAUUCAAAUACGUCAAAGAAAAAAGACAAAGCGAAAAAUAAAAAAAGUAAAAGGGAUAGGGCGUCACCGAGUUCGAGCAUAUCAGCCGAAUAGUCAUUAUUAUUGUGUAAAUUAAUUCGAUUUUAUCAUGUGAUUGUAAUUAUGUAACAUGACUAUUUAUUAUAAUAUCCAAAUUACGAGUAAAUACCUCAGUAAAUGUAUAUAAAUGGAACUAGAAUGUUAAAUUAUUGUGUGUUUUUUACAUUUGGUUUUCUCACCGAUCGCCAAUUUUAAACGAAAUCAUGUCAAAACGAUUAAUUUUACUGAAAUCCAUUUUUAAAUAUUUUUACUAUUAACAAGCUUUUUAUUUUA